AAGUGUUCAUGGUAAACCUGCAAGCGCUGAGCUCAUCCCUCCAGCCUCUUUCUACGGUGAUUAUAAGAAACAUGGUUGCAUGUUUGAAUCUUCUGGUUCUGUGUUGGACCUUGAGACUGACUUGCUGCUUGACUUCACCUGCAUGGUUUAAGAACAUUUCCACCAGCCUCUUCAAUUUAUCUGGAGACAUUAUGCUGGGUGGCCUCUUUACCAUCAACCAGCUGACUACCAACCUCACGCAGAGGACCAAGCCGAACGACAUCAGAUGUGAAAGUUUGAAUGAGCUCGGACUAGGACUUGCAUUGGUGAUGAAAUAUGCGGUGGACGAUGUCAACGCGAACCCAGCACUGCUCCCCGGCGUCAAGCUUGGUUAUGAAAUCCAUGACACGUGCAAACAAAGCGCUGUCAUUGUGAGGCCGACUAUCUCUUUCCUGACUGCAAAAAAAAGCGGGGAGCUAUCUGUGGAGUGCAACUACACUGACUACGAGACCAGAGUGGUGGCCGUGAUUGGGCCCUUCAACUCCGAAAUGGUGUCAGUCAUUGGGAAAGUUCUGGGAUUCUUUCUGAUGCCGCAGAUCAGCUUUGGCGCCACGAGCAACAAAUUCAGCAAUAAGCGCGUCUACCCGUCAUUCUUCCGUACAGUGCCCAGUGACACAUGGCAGGUGAAUGCCAUGGUGCUUCUGCUGAAGGAGUUCGCGUGGAACUGGGUGGCGGUGGUGGGCAGCGAUGAAGAGUACGGCCAACAAGGCACACAGGAGUUCACCAAAAAAGCCGAGACCAUGUCGACGUGCGUGGCUUACAAGGGCAUGAUUCCGAUUUACACCGACCCCGUCGAAGCGGUCAAGAUUAUUGUCGACAACAUCCAAGCCACCAAUGUCAAAGUGGUGUUGGUCUUUUCUCUUCCAGACCCAGCUGAGGUCUUCUUUAAAGAGGUUAUAAAGAGGAAAAUAAAAGGCGUGUGGAUCGCCAGUGCAAGUUGGGUCGUUCACAAUCGCCUAACAUCCAUCCCUGAUAUCCAAACCAUCGGUACGAUCAUCGGAUUCACCUACAAAACACAGACCCUGGAUCUGCUACCGGCCUACAUGGAUGCGCUCUUCACCAAACUAACGGAGGAGAAGAAGGUGUCACAUAAUGCACCACAGCUCGACGAUCCCUGUCCACAAUGUUGGAACUUGUCACCUGCAAACAUGAGCUUAGUCAUGAACGCUCCAGUGCAGAGAGCGUCUUAUAGUGUGUAUGCCGCCAUCUACAGUGUGGCACAGUCUUUGCACAACAUGUUGGGAUGCAGCCGGACCACCUGCAAAUGGGAUGCUGAGACCAAAAUUCUUCCUUGGAAGUUGUUACGAGUAUUACGGAACACAUCUUUUGACAUUAAUGGCAAUCAUUUAGUGUUUGACAGUAGCGGAAACCCCAACAUAGGUUACGGCAUGAUCGAGUGGGUUUGGAGCGACUCACAUCUGAGUUUUAUGGUUGUUGGAAGCUUUGACGAAGUGCUGUCCAUCAACAAGUCCCUUUUCAAAUGGCACACUGAAAACUCAGAGGUCCCCGAGUCCACUUGUUCUGCAGCAUGUGGGAUCGGCCAGGUGCGCAGAGUCAAAGGCUUUCAUUCGUGCUGUUUUGAUUGCAUUGACUGUCUGCCGGGCACUUAUCAGGCCAAUAAAGAGGACAUCCAGUGUACCCCGUGCCCUAGAGGCCAAUGGUCGCAGACUCUAAGCACCAACUGUACUGAACCCACCUUUGAUGUCUUGUCCUGGGACACGCCUGCAGCACUUCAUCUGGCGCUGGGCGGGUCACUGCUGCUGCUGUGUCAGGUCUGUGUGGCCGUUGUGCUACUGCAGCACUGGCGGACCCCCGUGGUGGCGGCCUCCGGUGGAUCCUUGACCUUUGUGGUGCUUUUCAGCCUGAUGGGAGCCUGCCUCAGUCUAGCGCUCUUCCUGGGGCAGCCGGGCAACGAGGUGUGUCACCUUCAGCUGCCCCUCAUCUCCAUUUUACAAACCAUGGCCCUCUCUGUUAUCACUUCCAUUUCCCUGCAGAUUUUCCUAAUAACAGAGUUCCCCGACAAGGCCGCCUCUCAUCUGCAGACACUUCGAGGUCCCGCUUGCUGGCUGUUUUUGAUCAUCUGCUGCACCGUGCAGGCCGUUUUUUGCGGCUGGUUUAUCCUAGAAGGGCCCUCGUUGUCAGAGCAUGUGGCCAACAUGGAAAUAAACUUCCUGAGGGCCUUCUUGUCAUGUCCGGUGAUACCGAUGGUCGGUCUCGCCUUAAUGCAAGGCCUCAAUGUUUUAAUGGCCCUUAUGUCGUUCAUGUGCACCUUCAUGGCAACAAAACCUCUGCAUCAGUACUACCUUGCCAGGGACAUCACCUUUUCCACGUUAAUCUACUGCAUGAUUUGGGUGACCUUUAUUCCUAUCUAUAUGGGUCUGGAUGAAAGGAACAGGUAUAUUAUUCUGAUUUCCUUCUAUAUGGUCAGCAACUUCGGACUAAUGGCAGCUUACUAUUUCCCAAAAUGUUACCUAUUGUUGAGGAAACCUGAGCUCAACACUUCGGAGUACUUUUGCAACUUUUUGGAGGGGACAAUGGUAACUAAUGACGAUCCACAGCAGUAAACCCAAUAACAACAUUGUAUUCCAAGUGUGUAAAUAAAUCUUUUUGUAUGUGGUAAAUUAUAUCAGGUAAAUGAUGCAAAUAUUACUAAUGUUAAUGUUGCUAUAAUGUAGCUGCUUUUGUCAAUCUUCCCGUUUUUGGUCAUAUGUGAAAUGUAUCAGUUGGUCACAUACUAUAUGGGUGUUUAUUUGAUUACGGGCCUUUUUGUGUCCUUGUGCCCAGCAGUGGGCGUGCCUAGUUAUAAAGUCUAAAAUCUUAUGUUAAUAGUACUAUAUUCUGACAUUUUUAGAGCCGUUUUAUGGUGGUAUUUUACAGUUUUCACCCUGUCCCUAGCACAGGGUUUGGAUUUAUGAAGCUCUAUCUUUCUACUAAAAAAUGCUAAAAUGGUGUAACUUUUACCAUAAAUUCCUUAAAAUAUAAUAGAAUUAAUGAUUUCUCAUCAUAUAACCAAAACAUUUCAAAUUCUGUAUUUUAUUUUUACUAAA